UCAGAGAGUGAGAAACGGCUCUUCAAGCAGAGCCCGGGACUGCCUCAGGCAGAGAGAACCUCCUGUUGCAGGGGGACGGCAGGUGCUGGGAACACAGAUCUUGUUACUCUGUAGAUAAGGAAUGUCAGAGUCUGCCGAGAGGCGGUCAAGCUGUUUGUUUUGGACUUCAGUCUCGCUGUUUAUCGGGAGAGUGCUAAAAGCUACAGGCACGACGAAUGUGGAAUUUUAGGGAGCUGGGGGACAACUGCUGAUGGGCGAUCACCGCUUCAGAAGCCAGGCGAUCAGAUGGACUUGGAGCAUAGAAGGAUCAGGCAAGGGAGGAAACGACAGCGUCUAAAAGAGAUGCAUAUUUCCAAUGGCGAGGAGAUGGAAUCGCUCAAGGACAGUCUAAAGGACAGCCCUUGCUUGAAGAACCACAUUGCCAUCUGCAAGGAGGAGAGUGUCUCCUUUAAUGUGCGGCCAGACUGUAUACAAAAUGGUCAAAAGCGGGUUAACACCUCAUUCAGUUCCGAUGCGGCAGAGACCCCAAAUGGUGAGGAGUUGGAAGCAAAGGACAUACCAGAUUCGGAUGCACAGAGGGAGUCAGCGGCCAUUCUUUAUGGGCAGCAAGUUCUAAGAUCCAAAGCUGAACUCCGGAGACAGCUCGCCUUGCCAGUCAGCGAGUGGAACACUGACAGCGAAACCCAAGUGCGGUUCAGGACUUCGCAGGCAAAAGCCAUUGCAGGGCAAGGGUCGGCAGACAGCUUGCCUCUGUACUGUGCCAGUGAUGACCAUGGGCCUGUCACAGGGACUCCAGCAGGUAUCUGUGCACUGUCUGGCCGGCAGGUCGUGGGCAAGGCUGACAGCUGGCCACACCAGAGCCUGGCCACUGAGAGCAACUUCACAGUCACUUCCAAAAGUGACUUCUCCCUCAAUACGCUGCUGGCGGAGUCUGAGAGGGGUGAGUCCAGUGGUCUACAGAGGCGGCCCUCACAAGGAUCAGACCUGGAGAAAACAACAAGGAGAAAAGUGCGAGUUUAUUCUACAGAUUCUCCAAGUGACGAGUCCUUCAGCAGUGGGAGUCUAGACUGCGAGUCCAUGUUUACAGGGACCCUAUUUGACAAUGACUUGAAAGACAAUGCUUUCCUGAGCAACAGCUUCUCACUGGAGGAUGACAUUGUCCCUCUGGAUGAUUCUGCCUCAGACGAGCUCCCAUCGGAAUCACUGCCGGAAGGAUGGGGGAAAUCGGAAGGACUGGGGCCAGAGAUUCAGUGUCACUUAGCGGCCACGGGCAACUUGGGUGAGAUGCCAUCCAUUGCCAGCUGCAUGGAGCAGGAGAAACGGCGUUUUUCAGCCUCCGAACUGAUAAACAGAUUGCAUCUCUCUCAGAAGAAAGUAGCACAAGCUUUGAAACUGAACAAGUCCAUGCCAGGAAGGUCUACACCUAGAGAGAAGACUCCCGCUUUCUCCCUUGAAGGCAGAUCGAAUGCAAAAAAAAAGAGCAAGUCUCUCGUCUCGAUCAACAGCAAUGUGUCUCCAAAGCCACAAAGGAGUGGUCUCAUCUUUGACAGUCCUCCACCUAACAUGUGGAAGCCCAGCACCAUUCCAAGGAGAGUGGGGUCAGAAGGGGAACUGAAUGAAAAACAGCUGCGAGAAAGGAGGCAUUCCAGGUUUCUACUGAACUCGAUCCUGUACCAGGAGUACAGCAACGUGGCGAGUGACCGGGAAAUCCAAAGACAGAAGCGGGCUGACACAGUCAUCGAGGAAGAUGAUGCGAUCCUGGUCAGCAAGUACAGGUCGUUACCAAAGAACUCAAGCUGGUCCCACAGAUCCGUCCGAGGGAACGCUUUUGCUCUUUGGCAGGAUAUCCCGGAUGUGCGGAGAAGUGGGUUACUGGAUCGAAUGGGCAAUGAGCAACGGAAGCUGCAGGAGGCUAAAUUUGAGCUGGUCACUUCGGAAGGCUCUUACCUUCGGAGUCUCAUCAUUGCUGUCGAACAUUUCAAUAACUCCAGGGAGCUCCAGGGAUGUCUCAACAUUCAGGAAAAACAGUGGCUAUUCUCUAAACUGCCCGAUGUCAAAGAAGUCAGUGAAAAGUUCCUGCAGGAGCUGGAAGAGAGGCUGGAGAAGAACAUCUUGAACUUUGAUGUGUGUGACAUUGUGUUGGCUCACUGCUCCGCCUUCAGGAGAGUCUAUGUGCCUUACGUGACCAACCAGGCUUAUCAGGAACAGACCUACCAGCGGCUGCUGCAGGAGAAUUCCAGGUUUUCCAGUGUGUUGAACAAGCUGGAGGAGGAUCAGAUUUGCCAACGACUGCCCCUCACUUCAUUUCUAAUCCUGCCUUUCCAAAGGAUAAUGAGGCUGAAGAUGCUGGUGGAGAACAUAUUGAAACGGACCAAACAGGGCUCCCAGGAGGAAGAGACAGCCACAAAGGCCUUCGACAAACUCAAAAAGCUCACACAGGAGUGUAAUUCUAGUGUACAGUCAAUGAAGAGGACAGAGGAACUCAUUCACCUGAACAAUAAAAUCCAUUUUGAAAGUAAGAUUUUCCCACUGAUCUCUCAGUCCCGCUGGCUGGUGAAGCAUGGGGAACUGACUGAAGUGGAUUCCCAGGUCAACAACACCACGGGGUCGAAGUUCAAGCUCUCCACGAGGCCCAUUUACCUGCAUCUCUUCAAUGACUGCCUCCUGCUUUCCCGAAAAAAGGAUACAGGGAAAUUCGCUGUCUUUGUACAUGCCAAGAGCCAGGAGCUGAGGGCGAAGGACCUGAACAUGAAGGUGCACGGGAUCCCAGGCCACGUCUUCCACCUGCAGCUCCUGGAGAAGGGUCACGUGAAGCAGCAGAUCUUGUUGCGAGCCCGCACUGAGAGUGAGAAGCAGCGUUGGAUAACAGCCAUGCUCCUCGCAGACAAAGGGAUCGACACAGAAUAUGUCGGACUGGAGAAAGAUGACAUUCCUCAGGUCCAGUGCAUCAAGACGUACAAACCCCGGGAAGCGGAUGAGCUGGCACUGGAGAAGGCCGAUGUCCUCGAGGUGAAAACAAGAACCAAAGACGGCUGGAUCGAGGGGAUUCGGUUAUCUGAUGGAGAGAGAGGAUGGUUUCCAAAGCAAUAUGUGGAAGAGAUAACAAACCGGAAUGCUCGGAUACGAAACCUACGGGAAAAGAAUCGCAUUAAACAUGCAACCAGGAAACUCCAGGAAGAAUGCCAGUAACAGGAGGCCAGGCUGUGUUGGAGAUGCCAUGUGGAGCAUGGAUAUCGAACUCAUCCCGAAUCUUGUGGGGAAACAGCUGACAUUGUAGGGCCUGAGCUGUGGAGUCUCUGAGAGACACUUACUCUGCUCCACAGUGAGCGACCUUAAUUUCUAGUCCAUUUGGGUAUACUAGUCCCUCCUGUGGUAUGACACAACUUAGAUUGUCCCUUACUCUCCAGCUUUCAAGGAGACACAAACAAUCUGUUAAUGUUUCUACAGUGGGGGCUCAGAGAACUUUGGGUUCAUACUUACAGGGGCUGCAUUGGUGUGGUUGCUGCAGUUGCCAAGAAUUCACUGCCUAAAAAGGAUCGGAAGCCCAGGGUUGGGAGAAACUAUGUGAGCGGGGAGUGGGAGUAGAGGGGAAGAGAUUAAACAGCAGAUAUCAUGGGGAUGUGCUGCAAAUUUUGGAUGCAGUUAAACCCUCACUUUUACUGUUGAUGUGCCCAGACAGGGUAGACCCAGCAUUGAUCCAUUUCCUACUUAUUGGCAACUCGAAAUUAAACAAAAAUAGUUAUCCUCAGAAUUGAAAGGGAAAGUUGUCUUUGUGUCUAGCCCAUGAUUUGCCACACGCAGGCUACCCACUCCUCUCCGUUCCAACCCCCCCACCACAAGGACUAGGGGGGGAGGGGGGGUUCUAUUUCUUUUGGCAGGAGGAUAAUGAAACCAAGAGAUGGCUAGUGGGUUCUUCACAUUUCUGCUCCGUCUGACUGAUCUCACCCUCUUGUCUUUGAUGAUGCUGGGGCUUUUAGUUCACCUCAGUGCCACACCUCUUCAGGUCUGCUGAAUAAUAAACCUUCAAACAGCCCAAUAUAGCCAGGCAGAGACUGGGUUAGCAGCUCAGAGUCAGUGGGGAAGGGUGAGCAUAGUCACUCCGAUUGAAGAGCAGAUCAAAUUGCCACAACUUGGUACCAAAGCCUUGUGUACCUUUAAUUCCCUUCCUGACACAGCAGUCAAAUUCUCUGACACAAGCUCAACCCCAUCGAAAGCAGUGUCUGUUUCAGUCACAACAGUCAUCUUCUGUGGGAGAGACAAAACUCCUGAUCAUUUACUAACCACGAGACAGUGACUCCACAGCCACCUCUGCCUGGUUUUGACGUGGGCAGAUCUCUCCCACCUCCUUUGCCAAUUUACAGAUGCCAACCACCCUCAGGCACCUUGCUGUAUGACUGAAGCUUAGACCAGGGCUCAGAACAGAACGGCAUAAGAGGGCCCAGUAGCCAGGGCCCAGGGCUGGCUGUACUCAAGAUUGUUCCAAAUUUCAGUCCCAGUCCCUGGCUGAGGUUAAGGAUGACAUGAGAAUUCUCGUCCUGCUCCCAGUAAUUCAGACAUCAUUUCCCACACGGCAAAACAGGAGUGAAUUUAAAUAAACCUGGCAUUGGGAAUUAUGUUAAAUUAUCAGGGAAAUGAUUAUGCAAAAUCAAGAGAGGCAAUGGCCUAAUUGCCUGAUCACAAGACUAAUAAUCCAGAGACCCAGGUAACAUUCCGGAGGCCUGGAUUCAAAUCCCAGCACAUUAUUCAAUAGAAAUCUGAAACUAAGGAUCUAUUGACAAAACCAUGGUCAAUUGUCAGGAAAACCCCAUCUUGUCCUUUAGGGAAGGGAAAUCUGCUGUCCUUCCUGAUCUGACCUAUAUGUAAAUCCAGACCCACAGCGAGGUUAACUACUAUCUGGGAUGGGAGAUGAAUGCUGGCCCAGCCAGUGAUGCCCACAUCCCAUGAAUGAAUCGAUCUGAUUGCUUGACUUGAUUUCCCCAGAAUUGGUCAACUGGCACCAGCCGUCAUUCACCAACCACGGAGGAUGACCAAUGGUGAACGCUACCUGUCCCCUUGUUCAGAUUGCAACACCAACAGAUAAAGGUGACUCGACAAAUUGAGUGUCUGCUCACGAUAAUAUUCCAACAGCCCCAGAACCUGCUCAGUGUAUCAUCACUGCAGCCUAACUGCCUGCUGUAUCUUGCCUGUUCUGUCUACUCAUGCACAGUGUCCAUUAAGACCAGGUGAGUUGUGUACACCCACUGCUAGUAACUGUAGUUACACUGCCAUUUCUGCUAAGGUGCUAACUUAUUGUUCUAAAAUUCCAUGUUUUCACAGCUGUUCAUUUUUAUAAAUAGUCUUUGAUUUUACAUCUGAAAUUACUCCUGCUCAGUGUAUAUUUCGUUAGGAGAAUGUAUAUAUUUUCUAAUCAGUCUAUUCAGAGAUGUUAUUACACACCUCUGACUUGAACCUGGGUCUCCUGGCUCAGAGGUAGAGGCACUACCGCUGCACCACAAGAAUGUAAGUUUACAUUAAUUGGUGGUAGGUGGCAAGGAAUCGCCUUUGGUAUUCAGGUUCGAAUGAGCCCUGAAUGGGGUGCAGGGGUUAUUUUGUUAGACAAUAAUAUUCAAGUUUGUAUAUGUCGGAGAAGAAAAGAGAGGCCACACGCUAUGACCCAGUUUGCCUGGUGCAGAUUGUACUGAGGUGGGAGAUGCUCAGAGAGCAGAUCCUCUCCAUUUGAAUGUGGUCCAGUUACGGAGCCUCCAAGACUAUGACUUUGUGUGAAAUCAAAAUGGUUGGAUGACCAAGGAACAUUCUUUACCUUCAAGUAUUGCUACAACCUGUAUCAAAACCCAGAAUAUCACUCAUGAAACAUGGCAUCUGUUGACAGCAAUUGCAUUAUUGCAAAAGUUCCUCAGUGACCAUUGCUAUGUUUUAUAAACACACAGCGUUUCACCACUGCCAUCUUAAGCUGGCAUGCCCACCAAGGGAACACUUGUAAAGGCACUUUGUACAUAUUCAAGAGAUAGCUGAUCACAUUCAAUGUGCACAGCAUCUUUCGAGAAUUCCUGAGCACAGAGGUUUGAUGCUCAUUAUUAACAAUUGAUUUAGACCUUGGAAAAAUUCAACAGUUCCCAGAUAAGCGUUGAUGUUUGUACACUAUUAAAAUUCACUGUUGGAACUUU